AGAUAAUCACAACUGAAUAAAAUCCUCGCUGCUGGAGUUUUUAAAACGAAAGUAAAGUUUUAUUAUGUACAACUAUCUGUCAAAAUGGCUGACAGAGAGGAUGAAGAGGAUAUGGAAGUGGAAUUUUUGACUAUACGGGAGGGCACCUGCUCGACAGAUCAAAGAGAUCCAAUAUCGAAGCAGCAGGUACAAAAUGCCGUAGAUCGGUUCGUAUUUCCAUCCCUCGCAUCAGAUCUGGAAGAGGAGCUUGUUCGUUUUCUUCGUUUGGGCCAUUCAACAAAUGCAUACUCAUCUGGAAGUAGGGAUUUGAACACUAUGGACGCAGAUUGUGUUUUAGAAUUAAUCAGAAAUGAAAAAGGACCAAGAGCUGUAGAAAUAAUUAAAGAAUUUUCAGAAGUACAUCAAGCUUACAAGCAGGACUAUAUAAUUUACGCAUUGGCAAUAUGCUGUAGGUCUUCAGAUCCAAACACAAAACGAGCUGGCUAUGGCAUCCUAUCAGAUGUUUGUAAAAUACCAACUCAUUUAUUUAAAUUUGUUGAUUUUUGCCAGAAAAUCAGCAAAGAACAGUCAAAAUUAAAGGAAUCGGGAUGGGGAAGAGCGCAUCGCAAAGCGAUAAGCAACUGGUACAUAAAGUAUGCAGAUGAAGAGAAACAUUUAACACUAAUGGCAUAUCAUCUUACAAAAUACAGGCGACGAGAGGGAUGGACACAUCGGGACGUCAUCCGUAAAGCUCAUUUGAAAAUUGAUAAAGAUUUCCCUAAAUUUGUAAACAAUAGACUGUAUCCAGCUCUGAAAUAUUUAGUGAUGGUAGCUGUAAAGGGUAAGAAGUUUGCAGAUGCAAAUGAGUUCACCAUUGAACAGAAACGUCUCGAGGGUUUUGAAUCUUCAGUGCUUGCAAAAGUUAUGAAUUACAUCGAGCAGGUGGAUGAAGCAAGAAGGUACGACCCCGAGGACGUGGCGGGAAUACGUGGACUAAUUUUAAGACACAAAUUGGCCAGAGAGCAAAUUCCCACUCUUUUCUUGAAGCACAAAGAAGUUUGGAAUGCUUUAUUGCGACAUAUGCCCAUGACAGCGAUGUUUCGAAAUCUAGGAAAGAUGUCAGUUUUGGAAUGCCUGACGGAGGAUUCUUUUGAAAAGCAAUUGGUUCUAAGCAAAAUCCAGAACGAAGAAUUAAUUGUCUCGAGCAGCAUACACCCAAUGACAUUUAUGGUUGCACUUAAUCAGUAUAAAGAGGGAAAGAGUGCAAACGGUAAAAGAAAAUGGCCAGUGUUAGAAUCAGUGAUGAAUGCUCUAAGAGGAGGUCUUCAUAUAUCACUAAAAUGCAUUCCACCAACCGAUAAACGAAUACUGUUGGCUUUUGGGGCAAGUCAAUCCAUGACAAAGAAAUGCAUAGGAGUGCCCUCACUGUCAGCUCUCGAAGCAUCAGCUUUCAUGAUAAUGAUAAUGGCUAAAAGAGAGAGGGCGUGCGAGACACUUGUGUUUACAAGCAACGAAUGUCAACCAUUAACUGUCGAAGCAGACGACAAUGAGAAUGAUAUAGUCAAUAGGUUAAUGUCGUUUGGAUCCUCAGAAACAACUGAUGGAUCCAUGCCUAUUAAGUAUGCUCGGAGCAAUCGAAAAUACUUCGACGCUUUUGUAAUAAUUACAGAUUCCGAUACUACUUCAGGAAAUGUGCAUCCCAGCGAAGCAUUCAAAACUUACUGCGAAACAGUAAAGUCAAAAGGAGAAAGAAGACCACGGUUAGUGGUGUGUGACAUGAUUUCUCCCAGUGUAACUAUUGGAGAUCCCACGGAUUUAAAUACUUUGAAUAUUAGUGGAUUUGACCAUAACGUACCGCGUAUCAUUAACGAUUUCAUUAGAGGUGACUCAUAGAUUGGAACUUUCGUUAGUGAAGGCUGUUGUACAUACAAGUCAUCUCGCAUCAAAUAUAUUAAGCAGAACCAGGACAUCAACUGAAGUCUUAAACGGUUGAUUUUUCCUCCUCAUCACCUUCAUUUUACCGCCAAAAUUUCUUUUAUGAAUGUCUAAAAAAAUUUGUUUCGUGUAUUUUGUAAAAAAAAAAAGAGAGAGAGAGAGAGAGAGAGAGAGAGAGAGAGAGAGAGAGAGAGAGAGAGAGUUUUUGGCUCCAUGCAAGUUAUCCGCAAUAAAUGUUCGUUUUGCAAACGAAAAAAUAAGGAUCAGCGAGGAAAGCACCAAUAGUAAUCACGUGUUGUUUGACCCUUUACCAACAUCUGAUGCAUACUGGAGCGUUUUUUGCCAUAUUGGGAAAGGAUAAGGGGUAUUAUUUUGACGUGUUUUUUUUUUAAUUUCUCUUUGUCUAUUGGAUUCUUGUGAACCUUUCAUCUUAGUCUGAUCUUCAAAGACUACUAGUAUUUUGAACGGGAACAACUCAGAAUAACAGAACCGUUUCGUUAUGAGAUGUAUGAUGAUGAUUGACUAUCAGUGGUUUUAAAUUGUGAAAAGCUGAAGUAAAAGAGCUUUUAAUUGAUACAUUGACUGGUUUUGAGGAUAAUUCAUACACAUAAUAAAUAUUUAUAUCAAACGUAUUUUUGAAAUAUACACAAUAUUGCAUGGAUUAAUUUUCAGUUUGUGCGUCUUCAAUGUAUAUGCCAUGUUUUGUACAACUUAAUUCAUAUUGCAUGUAUUUGUGGUGCAGAUUUAAUACGGUAAAGACAUAUGCAGCAAUACCCCACGAUAAAUUUAAGUCCAUACUAGAUUUUUAAAAAACGAAAAUGGAACUUGUAAAUUUCUUCACCUUCUCAUGGGUCAUACGGAAAAAUUAUUUUAUAUAAAAACAUUCUGAUUGUACACACAAUUACUCUGAAGUUGAUAUUUAAAAGAUGUUUGAGUUUCUAGAUGACAAUAUUUUUGUAGUCUUGUGAGUCAAGUCUUUCAAAAAUCACAUGGAAUUCCCACGAGUGCCAAUUGUAUUAUCCGAUUUUUUUUUUUAUUAUUCCUGUGAAGCAGGAGUCAAAAACUACUACACGAGGAGAUUGAUAUAUUGAACAAGGAAACACUUCCUUUGACCUUUAACUUGACACUUAGAUAUAUCGACGAUAGAUAAUUCCAUUUUUAUUACGACUCAAUUUAUUGCAGUGAACUUGUGAUAACCAUUAUGAGUUCAACUUUUCCUUAGUCUUUGCCUUCCCACUUGCAUGUGGAGUUUAUGCCUCCCAGUUGAUUCGAUACGCAAGUGAAUGCUCUAGGUACAAAAACAAUUCCUAAAUGAAACAAGCUAUUGACAAACAAGUACAUGGAACAAGGAUAUGUUAAUGUCGUUUUAAUAUAGAUAAAAUCACCUUGUAAGCAAAUAAGAUCUAUCAUUAGGUCGAGUGCUGACUGAUGUUUUUCAUACAUGUAGUCAUUAUUUAUAUACCGAAUUAACAGACUUUUCUGUUUAAUGCCCUAUCAUGAGAUUGAGCUUACGGUGAGGGAUGCUUACUUUUCCAUGACACCUGAUCCUACCUGUGGUGUUUUAGAUUGUACUGUUUCAAAAGUUUGAUCGUUAUCUUCAUAUUGCAUACAUUUGUUUUGAAUUUACUGAACAGGACUUUAUAUUAAAAAAAAAAGAAUCAUUGACUCUUGACUAGAGUAACCAAUUCAGUUCUUUUAUAUAGUACCUUUAGGAAUCGAACUUUUUGACAAAGCUAUAAUAGAAAUGAUAACUAACAAAAGGGAAACCUUUGUCUAGAGUUAUGUUUUUGAUGAUUUUGUUUUCUAUGCAGCGACUGACUUUCAUCAGGGAAUACUUUUGUUUAAAAAAGAUAAAAGAUGCAGCAUGUGAUGUGAACGUUUAUUUUUAAUCUAACAAUAUUAUAUUACAAAUAUAGUACAAUGUAUUAUAUUCAAUUGAUGAUAUUUUUCAUAUAACUGUUGUACUUCACAAAGUAACUUCUAUUGUUAAUAAUUUAUUCAAUUAAGAUGAAUUGUGAACCGAUAAAAAAAAUGAAGUUAAUUUUAUGUUUGUUUUAAUUUAAUAGACUGUUUAAAGAUACAUAUACUUAUUAAUUGAUCUGAUAAGUUAUUGCAACGAUAUCUUAACAAAUUCAUUUUUUGGUUUAAAUGAUUAAUUAUAAGUCCUUCUCCAAAGUUAUAAAAUUAUAAUCACUUGUAUGUCUAUGGUAAGAAUUCUUAUUUUUCUGAAUAUUUACAUCCACUUCAUAUUAUCUCUGUUAUUUAAGAAAACUGUUGGUAUUAGUCGUGGACAUCCCUGAGCAUAUAACAUAUUUCUUGAGCUCCUUUAUCAAUGAUACGUACAUGCAUAAUGAUGUACAAAUAAAUUGUUUUAUAUUUAGUCUUCUUUAUCCUACUUAAAAUACUGAGAAAUCAUUUCGUUGGUUUUUAGUAUGAGAAUUAACCUUCAUUGCAGCUGUUGCGGGAAAAAUUAUAUAACCUGCUUUUGUUGGUUAUGCAUAUCUCUGCAACAUUAAUGAGAACAUUUAUUCUCGUACUAACAACCAUUGAAAGAAAGCAUUUUUAAAAAAAAAUAUAUUAUACAUAAUAUUGAUUAGAUACAAAUAAAACAUUCAACACCA